AUGGAGACGUACACGCUGCAACAGCUGCCGCCAGCCUACCGCCGUCUGUCGAUUGCGUACUUCGACAAUGUGACCAACAGCGCGGAGAUCAAGAAAGAGCUCGUGCGGAGUGCGCUCAUGGAAGGUCCGGAGGGGGAGGAGGCGCGGCGAAGGAUGGACUUUGCGUUUGUCGAGGGGGACGUGAUCGUGUCCCGCCUGCACCUCCUCACGGCCAUUCAGACGGCUCUCCUGACCUCUCUCCCGCAAUCUUCCACUUCCUCCUCCCCCGCUUCCUCAUCCACACCCUCAACCGCUACGCCAACCCCAUCUGAGCCUUUGCCAGAGUCACCACCCCUGAAGACGAAGACGCACAACAUCCACUCCGAAAUCCUCCUAGCGCUGAACACGAACAACAACAUCUCGGACGCGCUGCGCGCCUACUCGGUGUCGGACAAGACGAAGCGCCUGAUCGUUGUGCGGAUAGCCUCCGACUCGAGUCCUCCAGAGAAGGACCUCUACGCCCACAUCGCGAGCAUUGUGCAGGGCCAGCUCACGUCGCUGGACACGCUCGAGGCAAAUGUGGACUGGAAAAAGGUCGACAAGCUCUACAAACUUGCCGAACUUAACCAGGCUAUCAGGGGGCUGGGCGAGGAUGAGCGGCUGGACAGGAAGCGCGCCGCUGUCGUUGGCACGGUCGCUGUCAAGCCGAGCACGUGA